AUGGCGGGUUCCGAAGGUACGACUGUGCCUCCCACCAAGCGUCCACACUCUGCUGUUGAUGGUGAAGACAAUGGUCCGUAUGCAGCUCCUCCGAGCUUCCGCAAAUUCCACCUAACGGUCACUAACUGCGCAAGUACAGAUGAUGACAAUUCCUCCUCCGACGAUGAUUUCGGUCCAGCGCUCCCUUCGGAGGCUGCGCCGAAGAAAAAGCGCAGAAAGCUUCCUUUCGAGAAGGUCUAUGUGAAGGCGCUGCCUGCUUCCCCACGUUAUUCCAAAUCCCUCAUGCACAAGGAGCAAUUAUCCUUCGUGACGGUGACCCCAGUAACCGACUUCGUCAUUACUAGCUCUGUUGAUGGAUUUGUGAAGUUCUGGAAAAAGAUGGCGGAGGGAAUCGAGUUCGUUAAGGAAUUUCGUGCGCAUCCGAGCGAGAUCACCAGUACGAGUGUUAGUGCGGACGGGCGCAGCUUUGCGACAGCGGGAGUAGACAAGACGGUGAAGAUAUUCGAUGUGAUUACCUUCGGUACUAAUACGGAGCCAGAUUUAUUGUCCAUGUACACACUGGAUUUCGUACCCCGGUGUGUUUGCUGGGUUCAUCGCCGAGGAGCGUCAUUACCACUACUCGCCGUCACAGAUCAAUCCAGCAACACCAUUCAAAUCUUCGAUGGACGAGGCGAGAAUCCUCAGGCCCUGCAUACCGUGCGGUCGAUUCAUCGGAGUCCCGUGGUCUCCAUUGCCUUCAAUGAUGCCUAUGACUGCGUGGUUUCCGCCGAUGAGUCCGGCAUGAUAGAGUACUGGAGAGCGGGUGAUGGAUCUUUCGAAAAGCCUGACAAUGUGUUUGAGCUCAAAUCAUCCACCAACCUCUUCGCAUUCAAAAAGGCCAAGUCAUUUGCCACGGCCAUCACCAUUUCCCCCUCUGGGGAGCACUUUGCGACCGUCUCUUUCCCGGAUCGCCAAAUCCGGGUCUUUGAGUUUGCCACAGGAAAGCUGUACCGCACCUAUGACGAGUCAAUAGCCACUUUGAUGGAGAUGCAACAAGCAGGAACUGCCCCAUACCAGUUGGAUGAGGUGGAAUUUGGGCGACGGUUGGGAGUCGAGCGAGAAUUAGAGAAUGAGUCGAUGCGCAACCAGGUCAAUGUUUCCUUUGACGAGUCUGGCCAUUUUCUGCUUUACGGAUCUCUGUAUGGCAUCAAGUGCAUCAAUACCUACACGAACCGUGUUGUACGCGUGUAUGGUCGGGAUGAACCGUUCCGAUCCCUGAAUAUUGCUCUUUACCAGGGCCAGCCUCAACGUAAAGGCGUCGUGACGGUUUCUAUGGCUGCAAGCAGUAACCCAUUGCUUCAGGAAGCCGAGGAGCGAGAUGCGAUCCUGGUCAGCACGGGAUUCGCCAAGGUGCGCUUCUACAUGUUUACCAACGACAUCGAUAUCUCGAAAUCCUCGCGAGAUGUGCAGAACGAGAAGCCCACCCAAGCUACAGGCGGUGCUGAGGCCAGUGUCACCAAGGCCAAUGAAAGUGGUACUGCAGCUGUUCUACACACGACUAUGGGUGAUAUCCACCUCCGACUUUUCCCAUCGGCGGCACCUCGCACCGUGGAGAACUUUGUCACCCACGCUCGACAAGGAUACUACAACAACACGAUCUUUCACCGUGUGAUUCCCAAGUUUAUGAUUCAAGGUGGCGACCCACAGGGCGACGGCACAGGAGGUGAAUCCAUCUGGGGUGGGGAAUUCGCAGACGAGUUUUCCAGCCUGCGUCACGAUAAAGCAUACACACUCUCUAUGGCUAAUGCUGGACCCAACACCAACGGCAGUCAAUUCUUCAUCACAACCGAGAAGACGCCGUGGUUGGACAAUAAGCACACGGUAUUUGGUCGGGCUGUCCAGGGACUGGAUGUUAUCCACAAGAUUGAGAAGACCUCGACUUUCAAAGAAAAGCCGACCGUGGAUAUCAAGAUUGUGAGUAUCAGUGUGUCAUAA